AAGCGUCCCCGCGCUGCCGGAAGUUGCCGCGCUGUUCUCGGUGCUCGCACGGUGGCCGGAGGUGUUAAGAGCUGCCAUGCAGCGGCCCGAGCCGGACGCUUCCGCAGAUGAUGCCAUGGACUCGUUUCUGGAGAAGUUUCAGAGUCAGCCUUACCGUGCCGGCUUCCACGAAGACCAGUGGGAGGAGGAAUUUGAAAAGAUACCCCUAUUUAUGAAAAAAGCACCAUCAGAAAUUGAUCCCAAGGAGAAUCCUGACUUGGCUUGCCUCCAGUCAAUUAUUUUUGAUGAAGAUCGAUCUCCAGAAGAACAGGCCAAGACCUAUAAAGAUGAGGGCAAUGAUUACUUUAAAGAAAAAGACUAUAAAAAAGCUGUAAUUUCGUACACUGAAGGCUUAAAGAAGAAAUGUGCAGAUCCUGGUUUGAAUGCUGUCCUUUAUACCAACCGGGCAGCAGCACAGUACUAUCUGGGCAAUUUUCGUUCUGCUCUCAAUGAUGUGAUGGCUGCGAGAAAGCUAAAACCUUGCCACCUCAAAGCAAUAGUAAGAGGUGCCUUAUGCCAUCUGGAAUUGAAAAACUUUGCUGAGGCUGUGAACUGGUGCGAUGAGGGGCUGCAGAUAGAUGCCAAAGAGAAGAAGCUUCUGGAAAUGAGGUCUAAAGCAGACAAACUAAAGCGUACUGAACAGAGGGACAUAAGGAAAGCAAAAUUGAAAGAAAAGAAGGAGCAGAAUCAGAAUGAAGCUUUACUCCAGGCCAUCAAGGCUAGGAACAUCAGGCUAGCUUCUGAAGCUGCGGAUAAGGAUGAAGAUUCAGCCUCAGAAGGUCUGGGUGAGCUAUUCCUGGAUGGGCUCAGCUCUGAGAACCCCUAUGGAGCCAGGCUGAGUGUCGAUGACCAGGGCAGACUAAGCUGGCCUGUGCUCCUUCUAUACCCAGAGUAUGCCCAGUCGGACUUCAUCUCUGCUUUCCAUGAGGACUCCAGGUUUAUUGAUCAUCUGAUGGUGAUGUUUGCUGAAAUGCCCUCUUGGGACUUAGAGCAAAAAUACUGCCCUGAUAAUUUAGAGGUCUACUUUGAGGAUGAGGAUAAGGCAGAACUAUACCGGGUGCCUCCCAGAAGCACCCUGCUACAGGUGCUACAGCACCCCAGGUACUGGGUAAAAGCCCUGACACCAGCCUUUUUGGUGUGUGUGGGAUCCUCUCCCUUUUGUAGGAGUUAUCUCCAGGGGAGAAAGGUGUCCCAGGUAAAGUAACUGCCAGGCUGUGGGAGCUAGGUCCCAUGGAUCUCCUCCCUCACCCUCCUUUGUGUGGAGCCUGGCAUCCUUCAAUCAGAUGGACAUACUGCUAGAAUCUAGCACAUUUUUCUCACCCUGGGGACAGUGGUGGGGGAAGAGCUGCUGACUUCCCUGAACUGUAGCCUCUCUGGUCAAUGUACUGAGUUACAGCUGGUUUUCACUCUCUUCUUUUGAUACAAAACUCUGUGCCUUGGUCGUGAUACCUCAGACUCACUGUGAGCUGUGUUAAUCACCAGCUGCCAUCUCUGAAGGGACCAUCUGUUGCAGACCCAACUGACCCAAAGAACUCUGGCCUGUGGCCACUGACUCAGGAUCCAGUGGCAUAGUUCUGAACCUUUGUGGAGUUAGAGGCCUCAGAGAAGCUGCCCCUCAAACAGCACAUAUACAACCCACACGUGUAAUUUUAAGGCAUUAAAGGUGAGAGACACUGACUUCCGGUUAUUUCAUGAGCACAGAGGGUUGCUCUAGCACGGGGUGCUGUAGAUGUGUUGGGGUGAGAUGGAGCCAAGAAAGCUGGGUUCUAUUUCUACAUCUAUAAAGACUACAAACUGGGGUCCUUCAGAACCUGUAAAAAGUUUGCCACUUUUCCUCAUCUUGCAGUAUGGAGAACUGUGACAGACUUGGAGUGAACUCUGAUUCCUCUCCUGUUCUCACAUUUUACGAUUUUGUGCCUUUUAAGCUGGAAAACCUUUUCACCCAUGUGAAGUCAUUGUCAUAGAUUGUAUUUUUGUCUGCAGCUCUUUGCUUCCUCCUUCCUGGAGGAUUUCAUAUAUCCUUAGCUGUGGCCAUUCUUGCAGUGCCCACCCCAUUCCCCAGGGAGGAGUGUACUUCCCUGGCCCCAGUGCAGGGGGAUGUGAGUGAAUAUGGCCAGACAGAAGCUUGAAGAGUCAGUGUGUGGUUAGCUUAUGCUCUUUCCCUCUGCUGUGAGAAUGUAUUCCCCAGAUAAGGGCUGUUCCCUUAGCUGGGUGCCGGAAUGGUAAGGCACAUGGAGCAGAGCUGAGGCUGCGGGUGUGCAGCCGUUGAUUGUAACAUGAAUGAGAAAUCCUUGUUGUAGCUUAUAUAAGCACUGAGAUUUGGGGGUUGUUUGUUACUAUAGCAAAGCUAACUCAUGCAUCAUUAAACUGGAACCAGCUGCUGUCCUUGA